CCGCCGGGCGGAGGGCUCAGCAGGACUACAGGAGAUGGAUAGCGCUGACAUCAAGGAUAGCGUCCUGGAGGAAGUGACAGAAAUGACGUCAGGGUAUCACGGCGCGACCUGUAUGCAGAAGCACUAUCACCGGUUCGUUCGAGCUCCACUGCGGGUGUCUCGGUUCGACUCCUCGCGCCAGAAGGCAGAUCUGAUCGCCAGGCUGCUGAGGGAUCUGAACAAGCCUGACGAUACGAGGCUGCUGGAAAUGACGGUCAGGAACAUGUUACUGUCUGAGCCGCACAUAGAAGCCGCGCGGGUACUGGUGAGGGAUACCACGACUGGGUCUUUGAUACGUCUCACGAGUACCCACCGCUCACACCCACAUUACCCGCCCACUGAAGACCCACCGAAGGUGAACACCACGACGGAGGUAACCGGUGUCGAAUACCUUCCUUGGUAUGAAGACGUCUACAACCAAACAUGGAACUCAACCAAAUUCCAGAAGAACCUGAGCAACCCGGUGUUCAUAGGGUGGUGGACCUACCCAUACUACCACUGCGACACCAAGCGCUGGCUCCUGAGUUACACUGUGCCCCUGAUCACUGACCUGAUCUCUGGCGGAAACACCAACGUUAACACUGCGCCGAAAAUCAGUGACUUCGGGAUGCUCAGCCUGGAUGUGGACGUGACCUCGCUUGACAUCAACCAGUGCGACCCUUCCUACGACGCCAACGGACAGCUAGUUGACCCGCCCGAGUCUCAGCUUUCCUACUUCCUCGGGACCCAUAAGUGUGACAAUGAGUCGGCGAAGGUGAGUUACAUGCUCACGGCACUUAGUGCACACCACUUCAUAUUUCGUAAUGCGGGGGAAAAAUUGCUGGCCAUGGCAUAUCCAUUUCACGAAGCACCAAGAAGCCGCUUGAAGACCCCAGGACGAGUUCAGGCAAAUGGGAAAAUGCGGUACUGA